UCGCCACGGUCCGUCACGAUGUCCUCCUAACCGUCAUGAUCUCGUGACUGACGACGACCUCCGCUAUGUCGUCCAUAUCCGCACAGGGUGUCGUGGAACGGGCCUCCGCAGAACUGUCCAAACGCAUCAAUGGCCUGGGACUACGGGGCAGCAAACACCACUCUUCCAAGGGCAGCGUCAUGGAACGGGUCACCAACGUCUUCUGCGGAGGCGGCAGCGCUACCGCGGUCACGGCUCCCGAGAAACCUUCCAGGUUGUUGCCCUCCAGGAACCACCAACAGCUAAAGAACACCCCACAAGCGCCGGUGGUGCCGCAAAUACGAAAACCCAAACCGCUUCCGGUGUAUUUGACCUGGGAUCAGCUGAUGACGGACGAGAAGUUCUUGUCCAGGUUCUUCUUGUAUUUUAGUCCGAGCGAGCGAUGCGUGCUGGUCCAGGUGUGCGUGAGGUGGAGGGACAUAAUGUACAGGUCGCCUCGGUACUGGACUGCGAUGAUUCCGGUGUUGCAAUGCCGGGAGUUGAGGAGUUUCCAAUCAACGGAACGGUCCAGGCUGUAUUCUUCGUUAUUGAGAAGGGGGUUUCAUAGUCUUUGCUUGAUGGGAGCAACUAAUGAAGACGCUCUGGAUCUUAUUAGCGCUUUUCCGCUGGCGUCCAAGCACAUACAUACGUUGAGGCUGCGUUGUUCCAGUAUAGGAGAUCAGGGUUUAGAAUCUUUAAUGGAUCAUUUACAGGCUUUAUAUGAACUGGAACUUGCCGGCUGCAACGAGAUCACAGAGCAAGGAUUGUGGCAGUGUCUCCAUCCCCGCAUAGUGUCCCUCACGCUUACCGACUGCAUCAACGUUGCCGAUGAGGCUGUGGGCGCAGUCGCUCAGCUACUACCCGCCUUAUACGAAUUCCAGUUACAAGCUUACCACGUGACCGAUCAAGCGCUAGGAUACUUUUCGCCUAAACAGGGUGGAUCUUUGGGGGUGUUGCGACUGCACUCCUGCUGGGAAAUUACCAAUCACGGUGUUGUUAAUAUCGUUCAUUCCUUGCCAAACUUGACAGUCCUAAGUCUCUCGGGCUGCAGUAAAAUCACUGACGACGGAGUCGAGCUUAUAGCUGAAAAUCUGCAAAAACUGCGUUCCUUGGAUUUAUCCUGGUGUCCUAGAAUAACCGAUGCUGCCUUGGAGUAUAUAGCUUGUGACCUUAAUCAAUUAGAAGAACUAACACUUGAUAGGUGUGUUCACGUGACUGACAUAGGUAUAGGCUAUAUAUCAACUAUGUUAUCUCUACAAUCGUUAUACUUACGAUGGUGUUCACAAAUUAGGGAUAUCGGACUGCAACAUUUAUGUGGAAUGAGAAAUUUACAAAUAUUGUCUUUAGCAGGGUGUCCACUUCUAACUUCUAACGGUUUAUCGAGUUUAAUACAGCUUCGACACAUGAAAGAGCUAGAACUUACCAAUUGCCCUGGCGCUUCAAGAGAACUCUUCGACUAUUUAAAAGAACAUCUUCCGCGUUGCCUCGUAAUAGAAUAAAAUAUAUAUUAAUAAUGUACUUUUACCUACUCCAUUUUUUGAUUUAUAGAAAUCAAAAAGCAAUUUUAUAUAUUUAUAUAUUAUUUAAUAGAGUGCUCAAGAAGUAUCUACCCCAUUGGAAACUGAAAAUUAGUCAUUAAUAACAAAAAUAUGUUGUGCUAUAUUUUAGUUGUUUAGAAGUGUAACUUUUGCAUUAAAAACAUAUUCUUAAGACUGAGAACAGCACCUUAAUGUGAUUUCUCUUGUCAAAGGUUGUAAAAUAUCCAUAUUCUUGUGUGAUUAGUGUAAAACUUUGAAUUCUAUAGAGAAAAAAUAGGACUAGGAAAGUAGAACCACAGUAUAGGCAUCUAUACCCGUGGCAAGCAUACCUAUACUGAUCAAACAUCUGUAAUUUUUUUCACUAAAUAUUCAUAUACUACUUUCUCAGCUUAUUCAAUAACAAGCUGUAAAUCUCUGAUCUCCGCAUAUAUUUCUGAAAACUCAAUAUAUAAAAUAAAUUACUAUUGUUUACAUAUAUUAGACAGAGACAUGAAUAUCUGUAGAUAGAAAAAGGUAGAAUGGUAUAUAUAAAAUGGACUUCAAAGUAAGCCAUUCAUCAGCUGGCACCUAGCUGAUGCCUAGCUGGCCCUUGAAAAAGUUGAAAAACUUUAUUCCAGAAUCUUUGUCCAACGAGAAAAAAUACGAUAGUGGCAAUUGUCUGUCAUUUUUUAAAUAUCGUCUGUUGGAAUCGACUCUUUCUCGUUGAAGCGACUCUAAAAAUAAGUCAACAAUACCUAAUAUAUAGGUAAUAACUACGGUAAUAACCAUAUACUAACAAAACAACAGCCAAAAAACGUACAAAUAAAUUCUCAAA